AUGGCUCGGCUGCUGCUUGCAUUGGCCUGUUUAUGGUGUGUGGCAGCGGACUUGAGCGCUCGAGUGGCGGAGAUGGAGAAGAAGAAGGGGAAAGAACGCUCGGCACAGGACACCUAUGCAAAGCCGCCGGGCACACCAGCCGCAACUCAUGUGCACAACUUUGAAGAAAUGCAGAUUGCGGCCUUGGCCCAUUUUGUCACCAAAUGCUUUUCGACCGACCAGCUUUCGGAGUGGAACUCCUGCCUGCGGUCGGAGAUGAAGCAGGACAUGGUGAGCGUCUGGAUAUUUGAAGGAAACAACUAUUCCUCAUGGAUGCAUUGCAAGUCCACAGUUGUGUUUAAUUGGGGCGACUAUCAUGUCCAGAUAUGUACAGUCUAA